AUGCCCGGCCUCUUCAAGUCAGCUACCGCGCUGCUCAGCGCUGCCGCCGUCGUCACUGCGUCGCCCACCCAGCGCAUGAGCAAGCGCGACAUCAUCACUCCCCUCCCCGAGGGCGCGUCCGACCUCGAGCUCAAGUUCCAGCCUUACCUGGACUUUGACUCUGAUGGCUGCUACAACACCGCGGCCAUCUCCCCUGAUGGCUACACCAACCCUGGCAAGGGCCCGACCGGCACUCCUCAGGGUGACUGCCGUGACCCUCCCCAGCUUGAGAACAGCAACGCCUACUCCCGUUCGCGCUGCAACAACGGCAUCUGCGCCAUCAUGUACGAGUACUACUUCGAAAAGGACCAGUCUGUCGGCCUGAGCUUCACCGGCGGCCACCGCCACGACUGGGAGAACAUUGUCGUCUUCACCCGCGGCGAGGAUGUCAUCUACGUCGCGCCCUCGUGCCACACGGGCUACAACAGCGGCAACAACGUCAUCUUGGACGGCCAGCACCCGCUCGUCGUCUACCACAAGGACGGUGGCCUCACGCACUGCUUCCGCGUGGCCAAUGGCGACGACCAGGCCAACCCAGAGAACCCUACCGGCGCCUUUCACCGCGCACCCCUCGUUGGCUGGGACAACUGGCCGAGCGUCGAGCUCCGCGACACCAUGCUGCAGACGUGGAACGGUGGCGUGGGGCCCAAGCUCGACGAUGAGUUCACGGAUAAGCUGCGUGCGGCGGCUGGUACCUCUGUGCCUGGCUUUGAUCCCGCCAUUGACGGUUAG